AUGCACGAACCCGUUGAUGACAGCCAAGAGUACCUGCCAGAUAUUGCGCCUUCGGACAACAAGGAAGAUAAAGGACCAAUCCCGUCCCUUCUGUCCUCAAAGCCAAGAGUGAUGGCACCUAGCGUGUCGAUCCCGCGCCGUCGGCGUGUUCCUGAACAACCAAAGCCGAAAUCCAACCGCACAGAAUCCGCCUCCAAUCCGCUUGUACCUACACAGGAAGAGGUUCCAGACGAAGCAGAAUCUGCGACUCAUAACACGUACGACAUCCGAUAUACGAUUAAUCCUCAUGAGACCGGCCGUGGUACAGACUACCACAUUAGUUUCUCGGCUAGAGGAUUACCCACAGAGACGCGAAAAGUACCUUUCGAACAAAUAACGAAGCACAUGCGCCUUUGGAACAGGUGGGUUAAGGCAGACAGUGCUGAUCGGCAGAAGGAGUAUAAGAAUAAGUUCGGUCGUUACCUAAAGGCCAAGCUGAAGUGA